AGUGUGUAGUUGAAGUUUCAACAUCACACCAAGUGGUUCUUGUACCCCGGCCAAAUUUUAUCUAUCUUUACAUCUUCUUCCUCACCAUCCACGACCAUCAAAACAAACCAUGCCCUGGCCGCUUCCCGCUGACCUGCGAUCCUACUACGGAAUCGACGAAGACAAUGACAUCGACAGGGAAAACACGGAGAGCGCAGCCACGCGCCGCAUCGCCAAGUGGCGCCUCUACCUGGAUAGUCCCACGGGGAGUCUGGCCUCGGAGGACGUUGGAGACGACGAUCGUCAAGAUGACCCCAAGACGGAGGAAAUAAACCCACCUGCAAAUAAAGCGAUUGAAGAUUUGUACGUCCCCGUCUCUGUGUACGAAGAGUUCCUGAAGCCACUAAAGGCUCCAGGUAGCACUGCAGACCUCCAAGGAGCGAAAGCAGAACAAGAAGCACCGACGCCCUCGUUGAACCUGCUGUCGAAAGUCAACCUCGAGGAGCUUCUUGCGACCUACGUCAAAGCCAACUACCCGCCACCACCACCCGCCAGAGGACCUGCGAACCAGUUUGCAGCUGCAGCAAAACCGCCGACGAAAGCAAAAAGUGUUUUCUCUGGAAAAAACACAUCCGCAAAGGGAAAACAACCGUCGAAGGGAACUUCCGGAAAAAAGGCCGGCGCGAAGUCGUCAUCGAUUGUGCCGAAGAUCGGGCUUAAAGUGACCAGUUUGUUUUCCAGCGGAUUAGGCACAGGGAGAAGUGGCGCAAGUAGCGCUCGGUCGGGUGCUUCGGGAGUUUCCGGGGCAGCUGGUGCAUCGAAGUUGCCAUCUGCGAGAUCCACGGCCGGGGGUGGAGUGUUUGCUCCGAAAGCGAGCGUUUCUCUAGGAGUGUCUACUGCUGCGCCGGGAGCAGCUGCACCUGUGCAAGCGAAGCUGUCUGCGAAAUCAACGGCGGGCGGAGUUUCUGUGGCGAAGGCGAAAGUGGUCGUCUCUGCUGGAGGGGCGACAUCUACUAAAGCCAACGCCCCCGCCGGGCCGAAAACGUUGAAGGAGGGAACGCACAGGUCCUCGCCAGUGGACCUGCAAGUGAAGAGGGACGAGCAACAAGAUGACUUCCAAAAAUCCUGCUCGAGCAACUUGCAGCAGGCAGGUUUUUUCCAGAGCCGACUGACGUCAACAGCAAAAACGAAAAUAAAGACUAUCUCGAGCGGAUUUGGUUCGUGGAGAAAGCAAGCCCAAGCGCAAGGAACACAGCAAGCGCAGAGAGCACACGAAGAUGAAAAGGCAGCGGCACGACGAGAGGGACGUCGGCAAAUGCAGCCGAGGACGCGGACCGGAAUUUCUAUGGGCACAGAAGAACUUUCGGUCCCACCAGCGAUUCCCGUAGACGCGGCCGCGAAGGUGCACAGCUGGAGCUGGCGCAGGAAGCUGGAGGAAAGUACUACCAAGUGUAGGGCGAAGGGACCUGCUGUGUUCAACAAGGACAGGAACUUCUUCGACUUCGCAAGAAGCUGUGAUGUAGCAGGUAAGGCUGCAGGUCCUGCUGCACGCCGCCCUCCAAGUUCUCUAAGUCUGCUUUUCUUCCCGGAGAGAGCAGACGUUUCUGGGGAACAGGUACAGGAUGGCAAAACAGCGCCCGCCCCUGUCGCCGGCUCUGGCCUUGGUCAGUUUCCGAAAAGAACCAGCCCGAUCGCGCAAGCAGAGACCUCUAGCAGCGACGACGUUGACUUUGAAGUGGGACAGCAUCUACAUCAGCGAGAGCGAAAUACUCAUCAACCGGCGCUGAUAUUAGAAGAAAGUGAAACGGUAAAGGAUGGUCAAACUACGAAGCGAGAAAAUGAAAAAGUCCCGCCCACGAGUAAUCCGUCUACGUUGGAGGCCUUCACGCACAGUCUCGUCUUGGGCCGCUCUUCGAAGGGGGAGAAACUUCACCCAGACAUCGUGAACCAGCACCAGGAUCACCACCAACCUCUGGACGAGGUCUACGAUAGCAGCUCAGCAACGUCUUCGGGGGAAGAACUGCAUCUGGAUUUGGAAGUGACAGGAACACGAACAACAAGUGGCAAGUCGGCUGUUCGGGGGCAAAGGCUGGUAGAGGGGCAAAGCCGACCUCGGCUAGUACAAGAAGAAGUCUAUCAGCUUGACGACCAGAAGGGCGAGAAAAGCGAGUGCGUCGUGGAAGAGGAGCCGUCGGACCGUGAGCCGCCGUUUUGGAUGCGAAAGGACCACUCUGCUGGUCAAACUGAUGAUCGUGAAGUUGGAAGAAACGAUGAAGAUCAUCUAGAUCAAGAUCUGCAGCUAGUCUCUUCUCCCGAUGACCGUUCCUCGCGCGCGAGAGACGAGCAGCAAUUCCCGACAGUAAAGGAGGCCAUGAACGCGAUUGAGUUUCGCUUGGGUCACGCGCUCAAACAGCUGGAUAGGGGGAAGGACGAUGCUGCUGAGCUGCAGCGUGAUGACACCGGCAAAAACAAAACUGGAUUAGCUGCCGAGCGUGGAGCAAAACCUUCGCAAGACGACCCAGGCCGCGCGAGUCUUGCUGCUGCGAGUAAUUCGCAAGCGGGAGAAGUGCGGAUCAGCAAAGGGAGCACGGCUGACAACGACACUGCGGACAAAGGACAGAAAAGGAAAAGGGCUAGAACAAGAACCACGAGAAAAACAGACGAUCUUCGUGUUGACCUUGACCUCUCCUCCAGCUCCUGCGAAGAUGAAGCGGAGUUUGUGGCGAAGUUGAACCAGAAGCCACUCUGGGUAUCCUAUGCGAAAAUGAUGUCGCACUCGCACAACUCCUCGUACUGAUUGCAAUACUUCUGCAUAAGAGAUUUCUCUAUUUUGAGCUGCAUUCGCAUGGCAAAUUGUAUCAUGUGUCGUUCACUAUCACUUUCACCUAGCAAGAAAAAGCAAAGCGUCACCAGGAGUGCGAUACUUUUGUAUUGCAUACUGGGAGCUGAUGCACGAUUUUGCGAACGCGCAAACCGAACCGGUCGAGAUGCUGAUUUCCUCUUCCUCGUCGUCCUCGGGAAAGUCAUCAAAAAGCUCUGCGGCCACAAAUGGAGCUGAAUGUGGGAGAAAAGACGGCGGCGAUGAGACUGUUCUUGAAGGUGGAGAUGAAGAUCAGGUUGAGAAAACGGCGACAAAUAAAACUCGCAGAAGCAACAGAAGGGGACUCGGAGUCGGAGGACGAAAAUACGACUACAGGAAACCCCACCCGAACUCGCCAAGACGAAAUAAGAAGCGGAAAAGCGGAACGAGGGCGUCGAAGCAGCGCGGAAGCGAAUUUUCCCCGCCCGGUGGUCAAAAUAACACGAAAAAUCGGCGCCAAAGUUAUACGCAUCAAGAGCUCCUAUCCGCGGCCGCGAAAGUAGUGGAAGAAAUUGAUGUGGACGCUGAUGGAAACGCGGUCAGUUGGUACGACAAAGACGGAAAAUUAUUGGCGCGGAAGAUCUUCAACACCGAGACCGGGUCUUUGGAAUGGAAAGUCGUGGCACUUCCUCCAAACGGCCGCGUGGGUCGGGAUUUGGACGAGGACGUCGAGGCAAUUUCGGAUUAUUAUGGGAAAGGCGAAGCAGAUUUGAGGAGCUCGACAUCGUCUAGUUCCUCCACAAAAUGGACGAGGAGUUCCUCUGCUUUCACAAGCGACGAAGAUCUUGACGAACAGCACGAACUUCUACGGAUGAAUAUCAGCAGCUCCUUGAAUUUGCUUCGUGGUGUCGACACGAAAAAGAAUAGCAGCUUGUCAGAUGACCACCACCAGGAACCUCUUUCAUCAAUACAGAUGAGAACAAGCACGACUUGGUCCACCGGAACGCACGCUCCGCCCAACACUCCUGUGAAAGAAUUCUCUAGAAACACAGACUCAACUGACAACAUAGCGCAGCAGCUCCGGGCGAUUUCGAGAAUCGGUUUGAAAGAAGAAGAUAGUGAUCAAGAAGUAGAUCGUGGAGCAAAAAAGCCAACGACGGCCGUGGUUUCAGCCCCUGCCGUGUGGAAGCGCCAGCGGUGGCGAAGCUAUUUGGAGGAUGACGAUACAGGAGACGGCGUCGUCGACAAAAUCUUCAUGAACGAUCACGACGAGGAGCCAGAUGAUUUAGAACUACACUCCGCCAAAGUCAGGAAGUUUCUCAGGGCAAGUGUGGAGGAUAGCAAAGACAAAGAGCGCGAGGCAGGUCGAGUUCCCACCCUGGCUGAGGCAAGUCUGCUCUUUCAGCAACUUUUUCAGGAUGAAAAGCCGCACAGUAGAAGUCUUCAAGACGAAGUCAGCAAAGGCUACACCGGCACAACAGAUGGGGUCGGUUCAUUGAUGAGCCGAAACCAGCUACGAAAAGGACAAUUCAGGCACAAGCGUCAAGAUAUGCGAAGUGAUCACGAUAGAAAGACCGACAUGCAGCUUCGGGCAGCCAUUCUGGGAGUUGACAGCGAUGAUGACAGCAGUCUUUUACAGUUUUCCGCGCUCGAGGACUCUCCCGACCAGCAGGACUUUCGAGAAUUGGAGGUGGACAGUGCAAGAGCAGAUCAAGCAUACCCGCACCAGGUGGGAACAACUACAAAUCGUGCUGAUGUUAAAAGCGAUAGCGAGGACAUUGUCCUGCUUGGACAAGAAGAUGAGGGCAGUUCUUCUUUUGAUCAAAUUGUGAUCAAACGCCUUAAAAACGCAACCAGGGAAAGGACUGGCGUCAAAUUUGACCCACCGCAAACUACAGCAAGAAAACUGUAUUACAGGGACCCCACUUUCUCUGCUCGAAGUCAUGCCAGUAAAGAAUCAUCAUCACCAGCACUAGGAACAGCCUCCCCUCAGAUGCCAGGGGCAGCACCGCAGUCUUGGCUGGAAGAAGUCAAUUCCUUCUUGGAUUUCGACCUCGAGGUCCGCGACGGGGGCAACGCGCCGCAGGACGCGCGAUUGGAUGAUGCAACCAAAAGCAACAGCAAAGGAGCCGGAGUAGAAAAAUCUUCUUCGCCUAGUAGCACGAGGUACAACAGGCAGGUUCUACUUCAAGGACAUUCCGCUAGUGGCUCAUCUGUCACAACCAUCACACACGACCACCAGCUCCGCUACACCCGAAUCCUAGUGAACGCCGCCAGAGCAGCCCUGUUGACAGCGGGCGAUGAUAAAGUGAGGCUGCGCCUACAAGAAGCAGCAAAGCAGCAGCAUCUACAAGGCCUACAGCAGAGCAGGGCAUCAAUUUGGACGUCGAGCUCCCGCUCUACUUUCGCACAGCUUUGCACCUGUUUUAGGCUACUCGACCAGGUUCUGCCCGGGCGAGGAGAGUCCUGUGACGAAGAUUCUGCCUUGUUCAGCAGGGAUGCUGAUCGUCUUGCGCCUGUGCGUGAAGAGAAUGCAGCGUGGUCGAGGAGUGGAGGGCUUAUGCUGGCAACGCCGGGGAGAAAAGGAAGAGGAACAUCUUCAAGACCUCCUCUACCAGUGGUUAAUACCAAGCAGAUCACAGCAGCACUGGAACGCGGAAUAGUCGCGUGUUUGAGCAAGUUGAUCUGUGAAACGGUUCGGGUCUCGGCAAAUGUUGUUGCAUCUUCUACUCCAGGUCCAGUAUCACUACACAGCAGCUCUGUAGGCAAAGGAAGUUCAUCUUUUGCCGAUGAAGCAGGAGCUUCUGACACAACCAAAAGUGGUGCAACAAUUUCGUUUAUUGACUGGGACGCGAUUUGCAACUCGGCUAAUUUUUCUCUUGCCGCUUACCAAUCGAAGCUACGGAGGGCACGGCGCUUCCUGAACCGGUACGCCGUUGUUUUUCUUCCGGAAAAAGCAGAUCGGGAUGUUGCGAAGUAUGAACCGGAACAGGCGCACUUGUUCUUUCCCACGAUACUUAGGGAAGAGCAGAUGACUUCCGCGAAUCCGAUUCGCUUGCGGACUCCUUUUUUCUCGGGGGAAACUUUGGGACGUGCAGCAGCUGCAGCAGUAAGAUUUCGUCAAAACCACGGCAAGCAGCAGAAGCUUCUUCGCUGGAGGGCCGUGGCGUACAAUGGCCGUUUCUUGAACCAACACAGUAGAUUUUCCCACACCGAAGUUGCAGAUACUGUGAGCCAGAGCCCUCGCCCAAGAACAGCAGGCUCGCGUAUUGUUGCAGCUGAGGAAAAAAGCAACGCCUUCACCAAGAAAAUCGACGCAGCGAAAGAGGAACACAGGAGACUGGAACGCGAAUUGCGCACAAAGCAAAGCGAAGUAGACCGAGAAGCCGAGAAGAAGAAGCGACGGGAAAUGCUGCAGUCGGAAGUGGCUGCGAAAGCGGGCCAGAAGCGGAAGGAAGCCAUGUACCGAAAAUUGGAGUCGUUUCUUGCGUCGCCUGUAGACGAGGAAACAGAAGGAACUGUCGGUGCAGAGGAGGGAAAUAAACUGUCAGGGAAGAACAAGAAAAGCAGCCGCUUCCUGUUUUAUCCAGAAACGCGCAACAUCGUCGACAUCGCGCCCGAAAAAAAUGGCAUCGAGCUGGAAGAGGACAUUCAAGGCGACGAUGAAGUAGAAGAUAGUGUCAUCUUUAUCGAGGAGCAGGAGGUCGACACGAUUGAAAAAAAACAAGCUGCUUCAUCUUCACCGAGCGGCAACAAAGGCGAGAACAAGUACCCCUACCCGGCCUCAAUUCCGGCAUCUCCCACGAAGAAAAUCGGGUUUGAAAAAACUACCGGCUCAGACUCCUUCACUCUGCGUCGCCAUACCUCCUACCCGCUCGGAGAUCUGUUCUUGCAAGCACCCGGGAUCUUCUUGAAAUCGAGCGAUGGGGCUCUCGACCAAGAAGAUCCUCCAGCCGCAGCUGGUGAUGUUCUCGAUGAUGUAUUCGACUUGCGAUUUCUUGAGGUAAAGGAGGAGGCUAGCAAGCAGCUUGGAUCGCGGCUUCAUGCGCCAUCUACUAGAAGCCCUGCGACUGUAAAAGGCGGACACGACGGAGAGAAGAAGAACGCACACGCGCCAGGGCAGCCGAUUUCAGAAAGCGAGAAAGAGGCCGUCUGUGCCGCGAUGCUGUUCGUCUUAAAGCUGCUUUCCCGAGACCAAGGGUUGCUACGAGUCGAGGCGGUGUUUAGGGGUUUGGAAGACAGAGAUCAACCGAAAGAGGACAAGGAGGCGACAACAGGGCGCGGGGGAGGAAGUUCUUCUGGCGCUUCCCCUGCCGGAGGCGAGGCGCACGACUCGCACCGGCGGAGGGCCACUGACUAUUCGCAGCUCGCCGACUUCUUGUUUCCCUGGGCCGCGAACCGAGUUGCACCAGAGGACCACGGGCUAUUGCUGUUGUUGGCCGUGCAAAAAAGUUUGGCGAGUGCACAUGCAACAGGUGGUCGUGCUGUCAUUGACGAAGAUGACACAGAAACAAGUAGAAGGAGCAAGAAGAAGUGUGCGGUUUCCAAGAAAUUUCGACGUGGUGAUCACGAGCUUCCGCAGCGAUCGCCGUUGUUUCAACAUCACAAAAACCUCCAAAGCUUUACCUUUAACCGAGAGGGGGAACACGCGACCAGCAGUCCAGAGGGAGCGCAGCCGCAGAAGAAAACCGCGACAGCGUCGAGAUCAACUACGACGCAUGAUGUUAUAGGCCCCGCCUCCGUCCACGCAAAAAUGUUGGAGCAGCGCUUGGCCGCUCUUACCGAUCCGAAGCUGAUAGGCGCCACUAGCAAUAUCGAUUUGCUCUCCCUGGGUAACAACGUUUUCGGUACACGGAAGAGCCUGCAGAAGAGCGCGCUGUUUUUCAAUAACAACAUCUACAACAACGUUACGACAUUCCCGACCUCGAAUACCUCCCUCCACGGUCUUGGCUCCUUGACCGGGCUGACCAAAAUGCAGCGACAAUUAGGUGGAUCGCUGAAGCGGGCAAUCGGAAUGAGUGGCAGGAUGGAAAAAUUUGAAUUGGAGACGCGGAAGAGCAGGAGCAGCCCAAUCAGGAAUUUCUUACCACCUCGCAAAACAGCCGGCGCUGGCUUUCUUGACGUUGAAGACGAAAGCGAUGAUGCGCCCACUCGAAAUCUAGACGACGAAGAUGAAGACAUCAUUGAGCAAGCACUGCAACUGGAGGUUGACGCACCCCCUGCUCCAGACCGAUCAAAACCUGACGCGCGGCCUGCGUCUACGUCUCAAUUAUCCAGCACAACAAGUAGCCGCAGUAUCUCCUCGCUCUUCC